ACGCGAUCAUGACACACUUCCCGACCUGAUCCGACUCUUACUCUUUUUUGCCCACCCCCUUUCACUUCCUCUACCCUACCCACGCCGUACAGAUACGCGCACGGAGGGGUGUCGAAGAUAUUCUGGAAGGGCUACGUUAAAAAGGAAGAGGAAGAAAAGAAGAACAAGUUUACUUAGUAUCUUCGUACACCAAACCUAGUUGGCUUAGCCUAUACCUGAUAGACAGGGGCAGGGUUACUAUGGUCGUCGGGCUGGACGCGCACCAGACGUCCCUGGAGCCCUUUGGAUUAUGGACAGCCCGCCACGCUCACCCGGAUGAUGCGGGCCUUAGCGCUGGUAGGGCGCGCUACUUCCGCCUCGGCGUGACGGCUCCCACUUCGCCACCACCGAGCGUUAUCCGCGCCUUGAAAACUGGGGGGAGUAGCGGCGGUAAUGGUGGUAGCGGAGACGGCGCGGAUCGUGAGGCUCUUAGUUCCGGCCUUGCGAAGAUCCAAGUAGAGCUUCACUCGUGUCAGGCCUCGCCCAUCAAUGGACCGCGGCCGAGACCGAGAAAGUCUGACUCUGCUCCCGUGUUUCCGCAGUCAGAGGAUAUCGGCCAGGAUGAAAAGGAAGCCAAUGCGCUCUCCACUGUGGGACAAACCGAGGGAAUAGUCUUCUGCUUUCCCCGCGAGCCAGUUGAGUCACCAGUCCUUUUCCGAGCGACCAAGCGGCUGAGGCCGCUACAUGACGUCGACGGGCCGUGGACUAGCGGGUUAUCAUGCAAGAAGCGGCGGUUGCGGCUGCAUCUUGUAACGAGCCGUCUUUCGCUCCCAUUUUCCUUACCCGCAACGCACAUCUUGAACCGUGAAAGCGGCGAGGACACGCCGGUGCUCAGUCGAUUUCUUAAGCUCGCGGCGUUGGGGGCUAAGAAGGCCGGGCACCAGAGCGGGCUCAUCCGGAAGGCCGCCGUCUUGAACCGAGUAAGGAUAAGUGUGAGACAGGCGGCCGUGCUGAGAGGGCAUACUGUGUUGGCGGGUAUGGCUGCUAGAGGAAACUUGCUCAGCCAUGGUUUGCAAGUAGUGACAUCCAGUUCGACGGGGGCGAGAUUCCCCGGUCGUUCGCCCCCUCACGAUUAUCAGAUGCCGUCGGCGUGGCGGCCGCACACGACAGAAUUCCGCCCGCCUUGUACCAUCACGAACCUCAUGGCCCAGGGAAGUUCUCCGGAUGGGCCAGGUCAUUUGGAUAACGAUGUCUCCGUGCCGAUGCCGACUUCCUCACCUCUGUUACCUGGCCUGGAUGUAAUUGCUAACCCAGUCCACCUGCCGCUGCACGAAGAGGACGAGGACGAUGUCGCGUUCCCCUCGCCGGACCUCGAUACGAGGUAUGCUGAUCUCUCGGAUGACGACUUGGGCGAUGUAUAUGCGGAUUUUGGGGCGAUAUUCGGUUCCGCUACGCGGUCCCCUGAAAGCGGUAGUGGUGAAUCCGGCGGCGAUGAGCACUUCUACGAGGAGUACCUGGAUGAGCUGGACGGGAUACGGUGGAUGGCAUAGGCUAGGGGCGAAUGCCUACCUCGCUAAUCCGUGGGACUACCAGGGACGCCGGGUAUAUGCAGGACCGGAUGCUAGAAAUGUGGUGCGGAAUUAUUGCGCGACGGGAAACAUCAAAGUCACCUCGAGGGAGUUCUGGCUCCGUGUAUGGACCUAGGCAUGUGGAUAUCUACCGCAGCCUCUCCGGCAACCCAGAGAAACGCUUAGCACCA